CACCAGAUAAUGUGUGUGACGUGCAGCAUCUUUCUAUUUUAUUAGUUGACCGCUGAGUUUGCUUUCAAAUCUCAACUCACUUUUGUGUAACACAUUUUUGUGUUUAUAUUCCUUUGGACGUACGGGAAUCAUAAAUUCUUCCUUUUCGGUGAAUUUUUAGUAAUAAUAACGUGUGCCCCGAUUAUUGUUUUCCUGUGGACCCUACUUUAUGCACAUCAUGAUGAAUCGAAUCAAUAACUUGGCUAUUUACGUGGACAUUGGUGUUGACAAAUUGAAAAUUUAUCUGACAGUGUUGGACUCGCUGCAUCCGACUUAUUAUUACGGCGAACUGCAAUUCUCAUACUUCGAAUACCUUUCGGAUCAAUUGGAAAAAAUAGUAACGUCUGACGACUGUAAAACCGAAUCAAUUUGUGCACUGACUACGCGUAAUGGACUGCCACAUUUUACAUACAAAUUCGAUGCCAACACCUCGCGUUUCGUUUGGUCUAGGAAGAUUAAAGGGUGUCCAUUCGAUCUGUACUAUGGUCAAACUGAUAUGACACCGAGCCGAAAAGCAGCCACAAUCUUUCUGUAUGCCAAUCUAAUGGAUAAUCUAACAAAUCAUACCCAGCGACAGCGAAACGAAAACGAUAAGCAACGUCCGCUACAAAAUUAAUUUGCCACUUACCCACACCAAGAACAACUGCAGUACAAUGAGUUAUCUUAAUUUCUAAUUGUAAGCGUUUUGUUUCAAAUUUUAAUACCGAGUUAUUGAUGGUACUAAUGGUAUUAAUUAUGAUGCUUUUGUGUAAAGAUAUUUUGUUCUGUUCGAUCAUGGAUAUCUUGCAAUAUAUAUUUUUGAAUAAAUUUUUGUUCGGUUUUCUU